AUGUCCGCUACUUCCGACGCGCCAACUGCCAUGACAGAUGUGCUGGGCACUUGUCCUCACUUGCACUCCACUGCACAACGUCAUCGCCCAUUGCUGACCACCGCCACUCUUCCACUCUUCAACACCCCCAGCCCCAACUUGGUUGUUUCUUCAACCGCCCACAAACUGCCGAGCCAACCGAGGAGCAGCAAGAGUGUUUCCACAUGGCAUCCAUCGCGUCGCCAAUGCUGGCGUCUCACCAACCUCACAGCCACUUGGCCUGUACACUGUGGCUAUCAGCGAGUGCUCACCAUCGACUCCUUACUACAGUACUACUGUGAUGGAACCCCAUUUGUUGAGCCCACUACCUCGCCAGAAGAAUGGGGCCAUUACCCACAAGCAAAUAUCCAUUUCUGGGGUAAGCCAAGCCAAGGCAAGGCCAUCCUUUGCGACACCGCCGUUUCCAUGCUCUCCAGCGAGCAGUCGGCGACGACAUCGUGGAAUGCUGCUAGAAACUUUGGCCAUCCGCUUCUGUAUAUACGCUGCUUGUCAACCGUCAAGGAUCGGUUGUAA